AGAAGAUUGGCGGCCAUGCGUCCCUACAACUGACACUGCCCUAUUUAAACCGGGCGACACCGGGCGCUUCACCAAUAACUUGUGACUAACUUGUACCAACGAGAGAAGUGGUGAUUUUUUUAUUGUAUUAAUUGUUUAUGUAUAGUCUCAAAGUGUAACUAGAUGUACUUCUUUUUGGAGAUAGUUUAGUGUACGAUGCAACGUACAUGUCAGUACACUACCUUUACGUAAGGCUAUAGAGAUCUACUAAGUGGUCAGCAAAAUGGAAACACCAAAUGAAAACAAAAAAUGUUGAAACUGGUUUGGUGUUCCAAUGAGGAGACGUCUUGUUUCUGAAACAUUUGGAAAGACCUAUUCAUCCAAAUAAAUAGUUUUCUUGUCUAAAGACAAGGGGAACAAUAAAUAUUGAGAUUAUAACAUUGCUUCAAAGUAUUAGAGUCUUCUUCACUUAUAGUUUCAAUCAAGCUCAUGCAGUAACCUCGAGAAGCGCAAUGCUGAAAAAAAAAUUAGUUCGCUGCACGAGAUGAGCUAUUUUUAACGAUGAAAUCCUUUUGUUUAGUAUGAGUUAAUUGAUUGAUACAUUGACUUUGAAAGGAGACUUUGAAGAGUAACCAAAGAUGUCAACCAAACAUUUAUAAAGCAAACCGCCACCCCUUUGAGAGCUAGAAAAGCACGCCAUGAUUUCAACCACUUUGGACAUUAAGCACGUUUCGGAUUCUUCAUCUUGCGCCAUGACCAUCCAGUCUCAGCCUUCUCCAUCUUGCGCCAUGACCAUCCAGUCUCAGCCUUCUCCAUCUUGCGCCAUGACCAUCCAGUCUCAGCCUUCUCCAUCUUGCGCCAUGACCAUCCAGUCUCAGCCAUCUCCCGUUGCAGCAAUGCUUGUUGACGACGUACACGACUUUAAAUUCUGUGGAGUGGUUGCUGGUAACGACAUCCCUGAGCUUGUGACGGUCAAAGUUCACUCAACAGACGUGACACUUGGUCGAGAUCUAAUAGCCAGUAUCGAUAGUCAGAUCAAAGCGAGGUGUAUAAAGGUAUUUUGGAAGAACAAGCAACUGGAGACCAACAGUGAAUACAGGAUCAGUGCCUGUUUGGCCUUUGUUCGGUCUGCAAGAGACAGGCAUGAGCAGAACGUGGAACUGGUGCAAAAGGACAGUUGCUUCUUUGUUCGAACCAUUCGUACAAUCAAACAAGGGGAGCAACUCCUGAUUUGGUACGAGGACGGCCAUGCGCGUGAAGUGGGUGUGCCCAUACUCACCUUAUCCCAUAUACGAGGUCACCAGAAUUAUAUGUGUACAACAUGUGGGGUAACAUUCACUCAUCCAAACAUCCUCAAAGCUCACAUGUUUCUCCAGUGCAGCUCUUCAACGACACCACUUGUAUCUUCUACCGCACAGUCAUUGGUUCCCUUUCAACAACUUCUGCAGACCAUCAGCAAAAUGCCCACAUCAAAUGCGUCCAGCGGUCCAAAAAAGUCAAAACAGUGCGAGCUGUCUCCGCGCCGUCAACACUGUUGGGGCCAGGUCGAAGUGCAGCAGGACAAGCCUUACAAGUCAGCCUUCAGGACGUACCCAUCCUCCUCUCGUGACACGCCCAAAGGAAGUGAUGAAGCUCUGAUGACACCGGAUUCAUCCACGGAUCAGAGCUCAGCGUUAAACCUUUCCGUCAAGCACACGAACAGACAUUUGACGAUGGGAACGAACACCAUAUCAUCCUGGAACCUGAUCGAUCCCAAACACAUGUUGCAACCUUUGGUGGCCUUGCCCUUGGACUAUCCAUCUAUGGCGGGCUGCUACCCUAUUUCAUCUCAUCUGCACCCGCUAGACGUCAAGAUCUUACAUGGGCAGGCAGCGCACUCCCAUUCUUUCCAGAAUUUGAUGGAGACCAGAGCUGGCUGUCACAUGGACUUUCCAUUGUCGUCAUCUCAAAUAGAUACAUUCCAAGAUACCACAACAAAUACCCACAAUUCCUCAGUGUCACCUGGAGUCAGAAACUUUCGCCACAACAACCCUUACGGCUUUACAUUACCGUCAGAUAAAGAGCCUCUGGACUUGCUUCCGCAAGCUUAUUUCGCCAACAAAUCAAAAAAGGGACAUCUUUGUUUGUGCUGCGGGAAGCUAUACUCCCGGAAGUAUGGCCUUAAAAUCCACAUGCGCACACAUAACGGCUACAAGCCUCUGAAGUGUAAAAUCUGUUCUCGACCUUUUGGUGACCCGAGCAAUUUGAAUAAGCACGUCCGCUUGCACGCGCAAGGGGAAACGCCGUACCGAUGCGAGUACUGUGGAAAAGUUCUUGUCCGGAGGCGGGACCUUGAGCGUCACGUGCGCUCGCGGCAUCCAAUGGGAUGCGUCGACACUGAUGAAGCGAUGUGUGAGUCGUCACCGGAUUCUAGUCUAAUUUCUGUCACUGCUGAUAGUCCAGAGGAUCUUCUCGAAGCCAAACACACUUCCUUAAAUGACAGUUCCAGCAACUGAAAGAACAAUAACUGACGGCUCGUUAUUUCAAUUGACCGGAUAAAGUGGACCAGACACAGAUAUCUAGUUCUAACUUACUGAACUAGGCUACAUUACCUGUUAUAGUGAUUGAAUUUUUUAUGCAUUUUGGAGAGAGAGAGAGCGAGAGAAUAGUAUAGUGUGUGUGUGUGUGUGUACGUGAGAGAGAGGGGGGGGGGAGGAAGAGAGAGAGAGAGAGAGAGAGAGAGAGAGAGAAGACAAAACACUGGACAAUCAAAGAAAUAUGUUGUUUUCUGUUGUUAUGUUAUAUCAUUUAGUUCAAACCUUAUGCAAAGUAGCAGCAUAAUAGUUAGUGAGUUCGAGCCUAAACCAAUGUUUUAACAGUCCACAGCAGCUCUUAACAUUCGACCAGAGAGAGAGAGAGAGAGAGAGAGGGAGGGAGGGAGAGAGAGAGAGAGUAUGUUUAAUAAAAUACUUUUUAACUAAGUAACUAGUAGAGUCUGCGUAUAGUCAACUAGUCAAUACAUUAUGGCACAUUUGUUUAGUGUGAUGUCUGAGCUUGAUGUCUCUACUUGUAUUUAUUUCUAAAACAAAUGUAAAUGUGACAACAAAACUAUUGGAAUAAAUAGAAAAACAAAUUCUUGACAUUCGUUUUCGUGA